AUCUUUCAAGGAAACACCAACCCUACAGAUCUUGUGUUUGGAGUUUUCCCCAAACCACUGAUAACUCGAUUUGUUCGAAUCAAACCUAUGACUUGGGAAACUGGCAUAUCUAUGAGAUUUGAAGUGUAUGGCUGCAAGAUAACAGAUUAUCCUUGCUCUGGAAUGCUGGGCAUGGUGUCUGGACUUAUUUCUGACUCCCAGAUUACGGCAUCAAACCAAGGAGACAGGAACUGGAUGCCUGAAAACAUUCGCCUGGUAACCAGCCGCUCCGGCUGGGCACUGCCACCCGCGCCUCAUCCCUACAUAAACGAGUGGCUCCAAGUGGACCUGGGAGAGGAGAAGAUUGUGAGGGGCCUCAUCAUUCAGGGGGGGAAGCACCGAGAGAACAAGGUGUUCAUGAGGAAGUUCAAGAUCGGGUACAGCAACAACGGCUCGGACUGGAAGAUGCUCAUGGACAGCAAACGCAAGGCGAAGUCUUUUGAGGGCAACAACAACUAUGAUACACCUGAGCUGAGGACUUUUCCACCUCUUUCCACACGAUUCAUCAGGAUCUACCCUGAGAGAGCCACUCACGGAGGACUAGGACUAAAGAUGGAGCUGCUGGGCUGUGAGGUGGAAGCACCUACAGCUGGACCGACCACUCCCAAUGGGAACCUGGUGGAUGAAUGUGAUGACGACCAGGCCAACUGCCACAGUGGAACAGGUGAUGACUUCCAGAUCACAGGUGGUACCACCGUGUUGGCCACAGAAAAGCCGACAGUAAUAGACAGCACAAUUCAAUCAGAGUUUCCAACAUAUGGUUUUAACUGUGAAUUUGGAUGGGGCUCUCACAAGACGUUCUGUCACUGGGAACAUGACAAUCACGUGCAACUCAAGUGGAGUGUGUUGACCAGCAAAACGGGACCCAUUCAGGAUCACACAGGAGAUGGCAACUUCAUCUAUUCCCAAGCCGACGAAACCCAGAAGGGUGAAGUGGCUCGCCUGGUGAGCCCAGUGGUCUACUCGCAGAACUCAGCUCACUGCAUGACCUUCUGGUACCACAUGUCUGGCUCCCACGUCGGCACGCUGAGGGUCAAACUGCGCUACCAGAAGCCAGAGGAAUAUGAUCAGCUGGUCUGGAUGGCCAUCGGUCACCAAGGAGACCACUGGAAGGAAGGGCGUGUCUUGCUCCACAAGUCUCUGAAACUCUAUCAGGUGAUUUUCGAGGGCGAAAUUGGAAAAGGAAACCUUGGCGGGAUCGCCGUGGAUGACAUUAGUAUUAAUAACCACAUUUCACAAGAGGAUUGUGCAAGUAAGUAUGAUCUCUUGCUGCUGGAUAAAAAGAACCCAGAAAUUAAAACUGAUGAAACAGGGAGCACCCCAGGAUAUGAAGGCCAGGGAGAAAGUGACAAGAACAUCUCCAGGAAGCCCGGCAAUGUGCUGAAGACCUUGGACCCUAUUCUCAUUACCAUCAUAGCCAUGAGCGCCCUGGGUGUCCUCUUGGGUGCCGUCUGCGGGGUGGUGCUGUACUGUGCCUGUUGGCACAACGGGAUGUCAGAAAGAAACUUGUCUGCUCUGGAGAACUAUAACUUUGAACUCGUGGACGGUGUGAAGUUAAAAAAAGACAAACUGAAUACACAGAGUACUUAUUCGGAGGCGUGAAGGCGGACAGAGAUGAAAAGACGAGUCGGAGAGUUGAAGUGCAAGGACAUAAGUCGAGUGUGCUGGGGAACUAUUGAUCUUUCACUGUACAGGCUGCAAAGUGCGUGGAUGACGCUGAGCCAGGCUUUUCUCAGGAGCUCCAAAGAGUAUGGCCGACAGACGUGAGCAAGUGAGCUGUGCUAACAAUCGCAAUCAUGUACAGUCAGCCUCUUUCUGUGGGUUUAAUUUGAGUAAUCAGAUGCUGGUGUUGAGACCAAGUAUGAUUGACUUAAUAAUUCAUUUCGACUCCUCUCCCCUUCUCUCUCUCCUCUUCCUUUUAUGGAUUCUUUUUGGAAACUGUGCAAAAUCCAAGAUGCUGGCACCAGGUAUAUUCAGUGGGGCCCUUUUGAUGGACAUGCUACCUGUAGCCCAGUGCCCACAUUAUAUUAGAAUAAUCGCAUUUCGGUGGACUCCUGAAGGUGUUCUUGUGUGUAACUGCCCGCGUCGUACAUAGGCAAGGAAGGAUUAGGAUGUUUUGUUUUAAAAGUACUGUAGCCUCAGUACCAGUAUAGUGAGUCAGCUCUGUUUACGAAGCAAUACCGUCAAAUUUUCUUGAUGUUUUCCAGUGUUGUACUCAACUUCGUGCUUGUGAACUUCAUACAGAAAACUGUGCCAUCACCAAACACUGCUGGCGACUGGGUGUUCUGCUGACAACCACAACAAAAAUCCUUGGCACUGGCUAGUCUAUGUCCUCUCAAGUGCCUUUUUGUUUGUACUGGUUCAUUGUGUUCCAUUAAGACCCACUCUGUUUCUCUCUGGUGAAAGCCCUACUCUUUAAUCAAACCCUGGUGGCUCACUGACUAAGAAGAAAGUAUAUUUUAGUGUGAGACGUCAGCCCCGGGAAGGCAAGGGCUCUGAAGAUAUGGCAACGUGGCUUAAUUGUUCUGCUUUUUCUGUAGUUCAAUUUCAUGUCUCUUGAUCCUUUUGUAUAAAGCUGCAAUAUUCUCUCUUGUUCUUUCAUAUGGAAUGUAUUUUCAAAUGUAAACUCUUUCUCUCCUAGCUCCCUUGUCUUUUUUUCACUCUUAGAAUUUAAGCAUUUGCCAUUGUCCAGAAAAGAAACUUGCAGCUUUAACCUGCUGGUCAUGGCAAACAAUUUUACUAGACUUUAUGUUUAAAAAUAAAUAAAUAAGGGAAAUUCCUAACUUUGCCCUCCAAAGUCUAACUUUGGUUUUCUUGUUAACUGGUUAAAGUGACAGUA